AUGAUGGAAAUUGUAAAAAAGGAAAUUUUAAAGUGGUUGACUGUUGAUAUUAUUUAUCCUAUUUCAAAUAGCAAAUGGGUUAGUACUACACAAGUAGUGCCAAAAAAAUCAGGGAUCACGGUUAUAAAAAGUGAAAAUGGGGAUGAAAUACAAACAAGAUUAACUACUAGUUGGAGGGUUUGCAUUGAUUAUAGAAAAUUAAAUUCAGUUACUAGAAAAGAUCAUUUUCUCCUACCAUUUACUAAUCAAGUUCUAGAAAAAUUAGCUAGAAAAAACUUUUUUUGUUUCUUGGAUGGAUACUUUGGUUAUAAUCAAAUUUAUAUAAACCCUUUAGAUCAAGAAAAAACAACUUUCUCUUGUCCAUUUGAUACUUUUGCUUUUAAAUGUAUGCCUUUUGGUCUGUGUAAUGCUCCAGCCACAUUUCAAAGAUGUAUGCUGUCUAUUUUUUAUGAUAUGAUUGGAAAAUGUAUGGAAAUUUUUAUGGAUGAUUUUUCUGUUUUUGGUGAAUCGUUUGAUGAAUGCUUAAAUCAUUUACAGCAUGUACUUGAGAAAUGCACAGAGAAAAAAUUAUUUUGA